UUUUGUCAGGUGGUUAGGUAACCGGUAGGUCAAAUAUAGCUGUCGGGAAGCCUGCCGUAUUGGACGAACGUUGUUAUCAACGAUAAUGUGCAAUUAAAAGGCGAAAUAAUGUUAAUAUAGCUCUUCACGUGACAGGUUUUUAAGCUACGGCAGCCCCAGCAUGUCCAUGUUCAGCACCGGCGUCCUAGUCCUGACCUCGCCCCUGCACGCCCUCCCCCCGCGCAUCGCGCCGGUGCUCAGCUCGGCGGCGCAGCUGGUGGAGCGGACGCUCUACGUCCACCUGCACCCGGGGCUCAACUUGGGCAGCGCGGCGCAGGCCCGGCCCGUCUGCAUCCCGGCCGGGCGCGACCUCUCGGGCCUCAUCACCCGGCUGUACAGCAACGCGGCCAGCGUGUGCGGCCACCUGGACGUGCGCGUGCUGCUGACCCACGUCCGGAGCCGCGGGCUGGGGGUCAACCCCUUCCCCCGGCCGCAGGCCCUGGCCCACCGCCCCGAGGUGGUGCUGACCGACUUCGCCCCGCCGGACCCCGGCCGGCCCGGCCCGGCGCGCCAGAGCCUGCGGGCGUAUGCGCUGAGCUGCUACGCCUGCGCGCCCAGCCUGACCUCCGUGCUGCUGGACCCACAGCUGGACGUGGCUGCGGAGGACUGCGCCAGGGGGCCGGCGGAGCUUCUGGAGACCUACAGCGACGUGGUGGUCGGGGGCACCUUCGACAGGCUCCACGGGGCCCACAAGACCCUUCUCAACUUCUCCUGCCUGCUGGCGGACAAGCGCUUCCUGAUAGGCGUCUCCGAUCGGGAGCUGCUGAAGAACAAAGUGCUGAAGGAGCUGAUCGAGCCCUACGCCCAGCGAGUCCAGAAGCUGCGUGAAUUCCUGCAGGACGUCAAGCCCUCCCUUCAGGUUGAGAUCGUGCCGCUGGCGGACCCCUACGGCCCCUCCAUUACCGACCCCCGCCUGCAGUGCAUUGUGGUCAGCGAGGAGACCAGGAAAGGAGGGGAGGCGGUCAACAGGAAGCGGCUGGAGAAUGGCCUCCCCAAGCUCGUCCUGCAUGAGAUCCAGCUGAUCAAGGACGCUCAUCACAGUGACACGGAGGAGGAGAAGAUCAGCUCUUCCAGCCUUCGCACACGUCUGCUGGGGACCCUCCUCUCUCCGCCCAAGGAAAAUCCGCACAUUCCUCCCUUUCCCUAUGUGAUUGGGCUGACGGGGGGCAGUGGGAGUGGGAAGAGCUCGAUCGCGCGGCGGCUGGAGGGUCUUGGGGGCGUUUGGAUCGACAGCGACCGGCUGGGACACGAGACGUACCAGCCUGGGGCACCAGCCUACCACAGGGUCCUGCAGGAGUUCGGCCCAGGUUCGUCAGACCCUCUGCUGUCGGUCAUUCUUCAUGAUAACACUGAAAUAUACUGCAGCGUCCCUACUGUACCUCUUGCACUGGUAUUACAGUACUGCAGCAUCCCUACUCAGGGAAUCAACCUUUACUUGUUCAUUACUACACUCGCGCCCUAG